CCUCGCCGCCGCUGCCGCAGCCAAGCGCAUGGUGCCCACGCCCUCGGGCCGGGGCGCUGCGCCGCCGCGCACCGCGUCCGGCGGCAGCACCUCGGGCGGCCUGGCGACGCCCCGCAGCCGCUUCCAGUCGGGCCCGUCCGUCGCUGCAGCAGCGAACGCUACACGCACGCCGGCCGCCGCACGCGCCAGGGCGCUGCUGCCUCCACAGACGCCAAGCCAGCCCUCGGCGGCGCCCGCAAAGCAGGCCAAGCCGGCGGGCUCAGAGGGGGACAGCGAGCCGAUGAAGGCGUACCUUCGCAUUCGUCCUGCACCCGAGGACCUGCGUCCGGGCACGGAGACGCAUCUGACGGUCACCAGCGCGACGCAGGUGCUCAUGACGCCGCCGGUGGACGGACUGGCGCGCCACAAAGACGCAAAGCCAGCGACGUUUGACUUCACGCAGGUCUUCAACUCGGGCAGCACGCCCGACGUCACGGCAGCAGAGUCGCAGGCGGCCUUCUUCCGCGGCACGACGCUGCCACUUGUCGGCUCGCUGCUGCAGGGCUCCAACGGCCUCGUCUUCACGUACGGCGUCACUAACAGCGGCAAGAGCUACACUGUCAUGGGCGGCCCGGCGCGCGGCGAGGCAGGCAUCUUGCCGCGCACGCUCGAUGUCAUCUUCAACUCGAUUGCUGGCCUCGAGAGCGACAGCGACCUGCGACCUGUGGGCCUGCACGGCGUUGAGCGCGUGCCCGCCGAGUCGCCUUCGCUGGGAUCUGGGUCGCCCGGUGGUCUGAACCCCUUUGCGCUGCCCGGCGUCUCGCGCCGCAUGCUCGGCGACACGCAGCCGCGCCUGUUCCCGACCAUCGAGGAGUCGACGUACGAGGGCGAGGAGACGAAGCUGGCCGUCGACGCCUCGUGCCGCUACAGCGUCUGGGUCUCGUACGUCGAAGUGUACAUGGAGAAGAUCUUUGACCUGCUCGAUGCCGCGCCAGACACGCCAACAGAGGCCACAGGCAUGACGCCGAGCCGCAGCGGGAUGGUGCGCUCGGGCAGCCGCAUGGGCAGCAGCUGGAGCAUCUCCAACCUCGCUGGGCUCGCCAAUGGCGGCUCGAAGGCCACGGUACUUGAGCGCAAGCCGCUGUCGCUGAAGAACGACCCGGAGGGCGGCAAGUACAUCGACGGCGCCCGCGAGGUGCGCGUGCGCUCCGCCGCCGAGGCCCGCGCACUCGCCGCGCGCGGCUCGGAGAACCGCGUCGUCUUUGGCACGCUCGCGAACCGCGCCAGCAGCCGCAGUCACGGCAUCUUCACGGUGCGCCUGCUGCGCGAGAGCGCCAGUGCGCCUGGCGACGAGUCGCACUGCUCGACGGCGCGCCUCAACAUCGUCGACCUGGCAGGCAGCGAGCGUCUCGCCAACACGGGCGCCAUUGGCGACCGCCUGAAGGAGGCAGCCAACAUCAACAAGGGCCUGAGCUGUCUGCAGUCGUGUCUGAACGCCAUGCGCUCCAACCGCCGGCGCGUCGCUGCCUUUGCCACAGCUUCGCAGCAGCCGGCCGCCGGCGCUGCGCCAGGCAGCGUGGCUGCGCAGGUGCGGCGGCUGGGCGCCAACAGGCGGCCGUCGGUGGUGCCGUUCAACCAGUCGAAGCUGACGAGCAUCUUUGGCUCGUACUUCACCGGCGAGGGGCGCACCGCCAUCAUCGUCAACGUGAACCCGUACGGCACGAGCUUCGACGAGAACUGCAAUGUGCUGCGCCUCGGCACCGACGCACAGGAGGUGGCGACGCAGACGGGCAAGAUCCACAUGCGUGUCGUCCACCCGAGCAUCCGCGCGCUGAUGCCGCAGCUGGGCGCGCCGCGUGCCUCAGAGGCUGGCAGCGAGGAGUCGGGCAGCGCCACGCCUCGCCGCGGCGGCAUGGGCAGCAAUAUCCCCGCGCCGGCCGCCAAGUUCCCGGCCACGCCUCGCUCGGCUGCUGCCGCUGCAGACUUGCAGCGUCGCGAGGCGGCCGCGCAGGUGUCGCUGCGUGCCACGCCGGAGGAGGACAUGGAUGUGACGAUUCUCGAGGGCGACGAGGCCACUGACGAUGAGGACGAGGACGAGUCGAACCCCUUCGUCGAGAUGCUCAUGCAGCAGCACGAGGAGCUCCGCCAGCGCCUCUUCGACGCAGAGAUGCGCUGCGCGCAGAUCGAGACGGAGGUGCGGGCCGAGAUGUCCGACGAGAUGGAGGCGCGUCUGCGCGAGAUGGAGGAGAUGUACUCCGAGCGGCUGCUGAACGACGCCGAGCAGAACGAGCGCUUCGUCAACCGCAAGAUCGAUCUUGUGGUCAAGGCCAACGCCGCCGAGCACUCGCGCAUGCGUGCGCGCUUCGACAUGACGCCGCGGCAUGCCUCUACCGCUACUAUGCCGCAGACGCCCGGCGGUGCCGAGCGUGCCGACGCGCUCGAGGUCGACGAGUCGCUCUCGAUGGUCGGCGAAGAGUCUGUCGACGCAGACGACUCGCUUGCAGACUCGCAGGCGGACUCGGACGUCUCCGACUCGGCGGCCAGCAUCGUGCUGCGGCCCGGCCCCAUCGAGCAGACCGAGAAGCUGUCGAAGCGCCUGGCGCGCAUGAGCGUCGAGGGCCCGGCGGCCGACAACAGCGUGGCCGAUAGCUCCGUCGCGGACGAAAUCUCGCUCGAUGAAGACGAGAACGAAGAGGACACUGAGGAGGAGAGCGAGGAGGAGGAGAGCGAAGAAGACAGCGAAGAGGAGAGCGAGGAAGACGAGGAGGCCGAGGUGUAUGACCCCGCGGACGAGUCGUUCGAUGUCACCAAGGCGUCGGCCGAUGCCGACUCGUCCGUCGAGCUGCCGCGCUCGUCGCGGCGCAGUGCUGCCGCUCGCCGCUCGAGUGCGGCGCCCGCGGCCAAGGGUGCCCGCAAGUCGGCUGCUACGGCGCGGCAAUCAAACGUGCCGCUCAAGGAGCAGGCCCAGCCCGCCGACACGAGCGCGGCGCUCGAGGACCCCAGCGAUGCCAGCCUCAUCCAGGAGACGAACAAGGCGCCGCGCAAGAAGAAGGUGCUGCGCAAGAAGGCUGCGCUCGACGAGGAUGCCAUGAUGGAGCAGAUUGCAGACUCGUCGCUCGUUGAGGCCAUCGGGCGCUCUUCGCACGGCAGCACUGGCUCACGGCAGCGUCUGCGCUAGCCUUGCCCCGUCGUCGACUGCUCCUGCCCCUGCCCAUGCCCUGUCACGCUUCUCGUCACUGAAUUAUACCAGUCCCGUCG